AUGGUAUCUUCAACUUUACCGCUACACAUGUAUAUCAGGCCAUUGAUCGUUGAAGACGCGAAACAGGUAUCAAUGUUAGAAACUCAGGGGUUCCCACAAAAUGAAAGAGCAUCGCCGGAAAUAAUCAACUAUAGGUUAACAGCAUGCCCCGAGCUGUGUUCCGGUUUGCUUAUCAGAGAAUUCGACGAAGACACGAAGGAAGUCAAACAAGAAAACUUAAUAGGCCAUAUACUCGGGACAAAAAUACCUAAAAAUACGAGCAACCCAAAUAAGACCUUUAUAACACUCGAAAGCAUGGGUAAAGCCCAUAGCGAGCCUAGUGACACAAUUGGGAUUCACUCUUUGGUCAUAUCACCAAACUAUCAAAAGAAGAAUCUUGCAACUUUACUUUUGACCGAUCACAUUCAAAAACUGAGCAACCAAGAAGUGGGUAAAAAAAUUGUAAUCAUAGCACAUGAACCUCUGGUCCCAUUUUAUGAAAGAGUAGGAUUCAAAGUCGCUGGUGAGAAUAAAGACGUCGCCAAAGAUGCCCAAUUCGCUAGCACAAAAUGGCUUGACAUGGUCAGAGAACUGGUUAAGGAAGAGUAUGAAAAUUAG